AAAUUAAAGCAGGCAGUAGAAUGGCCCAUAAAAUAUCGACAUACAUUUGAAAGAUUAGGUUUAAAACCGCCAAAUGGAAUAUUAAUGUAUGGACCACCCGGCUGCAGUAAAACAACUUUGGCUAAGGUAAUAGCUUCAACGUCUGGUGCCACUUUUCUUUCUAUCAAUGGAGCUCAAUUAUAUUCACCCUAUGUGGGUGACUCUGAACAAAUUAUUCGAUCAACAUUUCAACGUGCACGUUCUACAUCUCCUUCUAUAAUAUUUUUUGAUGAAAUUGAUGCGAUUGUUGGUAAAAGAUCGUUGGGAAGUAGUGGUAAUAGUGACAGCGUUCAAGAAC